AUGCGAAGCGGUGAUCUAAUGAUUAAGACAGCAGAUAUGAAAUCAGCUAAAAAAUUCCUGAAGGCAAAAUAUAUUGAUGUUGUACCAGUGACAAUAAAUAUGCUUAAAGGUCUUAACUCCACUCAAGGACGAAUUUUUUCAAGGAAGAUCAUUGAUAUUUCUGAAGAGGAUCUUUUAAAAUCCCUUGAAGGUCAGAAGGUGAUUGAAAUUCGCAAACCAUCAAGAAAAGAAGGCGAAAAGUACAUUCCAACAGGAGCAGCUAUAUUAACUUUUGACCUAAUACACCGACCAGAAACAUUGAAACUUGGAUGGGAACGAGUGCGAGUUAAUGAACAAGUGCCUAAUCCAAUGAGAUGUGCAAAUUGUCAAAGAUUAGGUCACAAAAAAAAAGAGAUGUGCACCAUACGUGAGGCUUGGGCAAUAUUUAAUGACAACCCUACAAUUCAUACCCUGAAACCUUUCAAUAAGAGAGCUCCUACUUAUUCUGAAAUUUUGGCCAAUGGAACAAUAGUCACGAAUAAUCAAAAUUUGUACAAAGACAACAAUGACGCCUUUUCAUCUAACGGUAUACAAAAGACAACAACAACCAUCAAUGCAAAUUCUUCAUCUUCCAGUAAAAUUAACAAUUCAGAAACCAACUCUUUAUUUUCCAAUAGGAACAACAUCACUAAUACAAAUGCAUCAAUUUCCAACAUCCACAAUAAUGACAUUAAAGCUACAAAUCAAUCAACUUCCAAGAGCGAAAAUAAAAUCCCCGUUACAAAUUCCUCAACUUCCAACAAUGAUAAUAUGAUAACAACAAUCAACAAUAACACCAUCAACAACAACAUUACCAACAACAACACUACCAACAACAACACUACCAACAACAACGGCACAUUAAACCCAAUUACUUCAACAGAUGACAGUACUUCAACAAAUAUGAUUAUCAGUAAUAUUGAUUUGACAACAGAGGACUUAACUCAUCAAUAG